AUGCUACAGAGUGUGCUUUUGGCAGCCUUGCUGGCGUCAAGCUGCUUUGUCCACGCCGCCUUUGAGCUUGGCAUUGGCGACGAUGAUGAUUUGACCAAUUUUGUCACGCGUCCAGAGAUCAAAGCCCCUCGCUUCAAUGUCACUGUGUACGAGUCAGGAAGCCUUGCUCCAGGCUACUGGUUCAUCGCGCCGUACGCAAAACUUGCUCAGGAGUACUUUCCGUCCAAAUAUUACCAGCCUUGCCAGACCGGCCCUGCCAUCUAUGAUACGUCAGGGGAGUUGAUCUGGUCUGGAGCAUGUGCGUUCCGGAACAACAACACUUGCGACUUCAGAGUUUAUCGCAACGGUGACGAAGAUGCAUUAUCUGCUGUAUUCUGUGCUUACAGCCAUGGACCGAUUCGCCACGGGAUCGUUCUCGAUGCAUCCUACAAUGCGAUACAGAAUAUCACUGCUCCCCAAGAGACCCCUGACUUCAACAUGCAUGAGCUAAACAUCAUCGAUAAUGGGAAAAGUGCGCUCCAUUUCAUGGACAGAUCGGAGUAUGUCGACGUUUCGGAGUUGGGGAUCGAUGGUGUCAAACAAGGGUGGAUCCUCGACACGGGCUUUCGAGAGAUGGAUCUAAAGACGGGCAAGACCACAUUCGAGUGGUGGGCGUCGAAGCAUGUGGCGGUCUCCGAAAGCAGCGUCAAAGUCGAACGUCUUGAAAACCCAUAUCCACUCAGCUGGAACUGGUUUCACGGCAACUCGAUCAACAAGAACUCCGGUGGUGACUAUCUUGUGAGCUCUAGAUUCACUGAUUGCAUCUACAAGAUUUCUGGCAAAAAUGGAGAGAUUCUCUGGCGAUUCGGAGGCCAAAGAUCAACAUUCAAACUCGAUGGCUUCAACUUCUCCAGACAACAUGACGCUCAGUGGGUUAGCCACAAUGACAACACAGAGGUCGUGUCAUUCCUCGACAACGCUUCCGAUAUGGACGAUGAGACCUCUUCGUACUCCUCAGCACUAAUCGUAGAGCUCGACAAGAUCUCGAAGACAGCACGUGUCGUCCAACGAAUCGAGCGACCAGACCAUCAACUCUCACGGCUGAGAGGCAACUUCCAGCAUUUACCUAAUGGUAAUCUUCUCGUGGGCUGGAGCGAUAACUCGUACAUCUCCGAGCAUGCUGCCGAUGGUCGACUGCUCACGGAAGCCCACUUCACGACCGACCGAUUCUUCACCUAUCGCUCGUACAAGUUCGAGUUCGCUGGCAAGCCUACAGAGCCACCAGUGCUGAAAGCAUUUGCGUUUGGAAGUAGCUCUGCUAAGGCCACGACUGUCUGCUACGUUAGCUGGAACGGAGCCACUGAGGUCUCAUUCUGGAGAUUCUUUUCCAUGGAUCCAAUAUCACAACGACCGGUCCUCCGAGGCGAGAUACGAAGGUCUGGAUUCGAGACGUCUUUCCAUGAUGACGGCUAUCAAGAGAUGAUCUAUGUUGAGGCCAUUGACUCCGUGGGCUCAGUUCUGGCGAAGUCUGAAGUAUUCGAAGUGCAAAGACCUAGGCACUGGACCAAUGUUCACUCAUCCAGCGGAGGCUCCUUGGUCGAUGUCGUUAUUCGCACUCUUCCUCUUUGCAGGUACAUGUGCGCUGGCGCGCAAUUACUUCGCUCGGCGGUCUAA